AUGGCCAAAUUACCGUUGAAAAGUGAGUUUUAUCAUUUUUAUUUUAUACUUGCUCUUUAGAUGCUCGUCCCAAGUCUUACGAACAGAAAUUGGAAGAAAGGAGACGCCGGCUGAAGAAUCUAGAAGUCCCCGUGGUCGUGUCGAUGCCUGGAGGGGAAAGCGACGAUGAGCCAGCAGAGCAGAUAACCAAAAAAGAAGAGAAUCCGCUGGACUUUGAUAAAGAACCUUCUCCAUUGCCUGAAGUUGUGCUAAAACCAAAGAAAGAGAAGACAACAAAGAAAGUCGUCAAGAAGGUGGCUCAAGGAGAAUACAAAGUUGUUGUUGGGUAAGUUAUACUAAUUUUUUUUGAAUUCUUCUGUGUUUAGUGAAAGUGAAUUCAAAGUGAUGACAGCAAAAGCAAAGCCAUUAGCUCAACCAGCAGCCACAUCUUACCGAGAGUCCAUAUUAGAGUUGACGACAGCCAGAAAGAAGAGACACAGCGGUCGUAAGUCGAGAUUGCUUUUAAAUCCUUUUCUUGGUUGGCUUGCCUAGUACAAUAUUAUUUUAGUGGUAAAAAUUCGGAGUCAUGUGGAUAAAUGGGUUAAUCGUCGCGUAUGA